AUGAAUUCGGAGCAGUUGAGACCGUUGAAAAUAAAUCAGUUAAGGUCGAUCGCGGCGCGGGAAAAGAUAGGAGCGACGGGAACAUGGACGCGCUUAUUCGAUAGGCUGGUGGAUCAUUUCGUGAGAGUCGAGUGGCCCGAGGAAAGGUACUUGAUGGAAUUUAUUGGAGAACCAGGAGGUGAGCGGCCGACGAGCGAGGCGGGGGUGGAACCGAUGGAAGCGAUGGACGAGCGGCCGCCUGGCACGACUAUCGUGCAGGCGGUAGUUGAGGUAUUGGACAGGCGACGGCCUGGAGGAGAUGAUGCGCGAUGGCCGCGGGCGGGCAGCCUGAAGAUGGGCGCGGAAAGUACGAGCUCGCAGAUGAGCAUGAACAGUUGGCAGCAAAUUCGUGUGGCGACUAAAAUGAUCCCGACGUUCACCGGUACGGAGAAGGAAAGUGUGGUGAAGUGGCUCGAACAAAUAACCGGAGUAUCGCAGUUGUAUCAGUUGGGGGACGAGGUGAUCGUGUUGGCGGCGAUCUCGCAGUUGCAGGGUCGCGCCCUUGAGUGGUAUAACCGACAGCAGUUGGAGUCGGUGGCGACAUGGGACAAUUUUAAAUUCGAGAUUCGCCGACAUUUUGAAGUAAAGGAGUCAUACACGGCAACAUUGGCGCGGCUGGGACAGCGUACCUGGAGAUCGUACUCGGAAAAGUUCGUGGAUUACGCAGAAGAGAAAUUGACCAUGAUGCAGGUGUUAACGUUGACCGAGCGGGAGAAAAUUGAUUUACUGGCUGACGGAGUGAGGGAUCCGAUUUUAAGGAAGAUGGUCUUGAGCACGUGGGUCACGAGUGUGCCGGAAUUUCUGGAUCAUGUGAGAAGGAUUACGGAGGAUGCGGUCAUGCUGAGGCGAGCGGAGGCGCGUCCGGGAAGCGUUAGAGAUUUGCGAGGGGCACAGCUGCCUUUGGAGGCGGGAGCCCGGACUGAAAUGCUGUGCCAUGUGUGUAAAAAGCCUUGGCAUUUGGCGAGGUUCUGUCGGGAAAGGAAGCAGAUCUGCUACCGCUGUGGACAGGAGGGGCACAUAAGUUCGCGGUGUGCGGGCGGCCGGGGGACGGCGACCGGUGCGACGGCUUCGAGUCACCUGGUGGAGCUGAGCGGGGCCGGGGAAUUGGAGGAGGCGGCGGCGGAGACGCUGCACAUUAACCACCCACGGUGGACCAGCGGAGGAGAGGCGUGCGUUGGCGUGCGUGUGGCGGCUAACCCGAGGGUGAUUUUGCGAGCGCUGGUAGACACUGGAAGCCCCGUAAGUCUGAUUAGACAAUCCGCGUAUUAUGAGCACAUGUCGAGUAUUGAAUUAACCGAGGUAGAAAGAGCUUUUGCGUUAAGGGGCGUGAACGAUUCGAGCAUAGCGGUGGUCGGCAGGGUGCGUGAUCGCGUUUUGCUGGACGGGCUGAGUGAGUCAUGGUACGAGGUUGAUUUAAUGGUAGUGAGCGACGGUACAAUGAAAUACGAUUUGCUGUUAGGACGAGGAUUCUUCGAUAAUGCAAAACUUAAGCUAGUCUAUCAAGCGGGAAAUUAUACUGUCGAAAACGUGCAAGAUAACGAGAUACCGGAAAUAUUCGCUAUCAAUAUGUGUAGUGAGAUAGAAUUAUCGGACGCAGUCGUGAAUAAAGUGAAUAGAGACCUGCCUCACUCGGUUACCGUCAGGCUGCGUGAAGUGUUCGAGGAGGUAGAGAAGGCGGCGGUGCAGCCAGUGGAGGACGGGUAUUGCGCUAAAGUCUAUUUAAAGGAUGAGUCGUUUAGAUACGCGCCUAGAAGAAUGUCGGUAACGGAAAAGGUCGAGCUUGAUAGAAUAAUCGACGAUUUGCUAAUGCGUAAAAUAAUUAAACCAAGUGUAUCCCCGUACUGUUCGAGAGUUGUUCUGGUCACGAAGCGAAAUGGCAGUAAGCGUAUGUGUGUGGAUUUGAGAGCGUUGAAUCAGCGGAUCUAUCAACAGAAGUAUCCUUUCCCGAUUAUCGAGGAUCAGUUGAGCCAGUUAUACGGUAAACGGAUCUUCACUAAACUCGAUCUUAAAGAUGGAUUUCAUCAAAUUGCGAUCCAUCCGGACUGUACUAAGUACUUUUCGUUCGCUACCCAUAAUGGGCAGUUCGAAUUUCGGAAGCUGCCGUUUGGCUUCUCGGAGGCGCCUGCGGAGUUCCAGAAGCGAAUUAAUGGUAUAUUUCGAGAUUUGAUACGGGCGGGAAGAGUGCUGGUGUACAUGGAUGAUCUGCUGAUUGCGACGGAAACGGUGGACGAGAAUCUAGAGAUCCUAAAAGAGGUAUUAACGCUACUGAAAAAAUAUAAGUUAGAGCUUAACAUAUCAAAGUGUUUAUUUUUGGAAAAAGAGAUGGAAUACUUGGGGUACAUGAUUUCAGGCAGGGGUAUUACUUUGUGUGACCGACAUAUUCGUGCUAUAAUAGAUUAUCCUCCACCGACUAAUAUAAGACAAUUGCAGGGGUUCUUGGGUUUGUGCAAUUAUUUUCGUAAAUUUAUUAAGGACUAUGCGCAAAAAACUAAAUCGCUACAGAAUUUGUUGAGGAAAGGUGUGGAUUAUGUGUUCGACGAGAACUGUGUUGACGAGUUCGAGAAUUUAAAACGAGAAUUGACAUCGUCACCGAUAUUAUGCGUGUACAACCCGAAGGCCAUUACGGAAUUACAUACGGACGCGAGCAGUUUGGGAUAUGGGGCGAUUUUGUUUCAGCGGCAAGAGGAUAACGCGCUUAGGCCGAUUGCCUAUUUUAGCAAGGCUACUACAGAAGUGGAGAGCAAAUACCACAGCUUCGAGCUGGAAACAUUGGCUAUUGUCAAGGCGAUUGAGCGGUUCCACAUUUAUGUACAGGGGAUUAAUUUCAAAAUUGUUACCGAUUGUAACUCUUUGGUUCUGGCUAUGAAAAAAAUAAAUAUAAAUCCACGAAUUGCUAGAUGGAGUUUAAUGCUGCAGAAUUACCAGUUUGAGUUAGUGCAUCGAGCGUCGGGUAAGAUGAUGCACGUGGAUUGUUUAAGUAGGCAUUUCGGUACGGUUUGCAUGUUAAAUAUUGAAGAUGAAUUAAUGUACAAGCAAUUGAUGGAUCCUAAGUUAAAAGAGAUAGCCACAGAACUAGAAUUUAAAGAGAAUAAAUAUUUCGUGCUGAUUGAUGGACUGCUCUUUCGCCAUGUGCAAGAUAAACAACUAUUUGUGGUGCCGGAAAGUAUGAUACAUCACGUAAUCCGCAUAUACCACGACGAAAUGGGACAUGUAGGGGCGGAUAAAACGGUUCAGGGUAUUUUGGCGCAUUAUUGGUUUCCGUGUCUCAGGCAUCGGGUGAAACAGUACAUUGAAAACUGUGUGACUUGUUUGGGGUACGCGAUUGCCGCGGGGAAAGCAGAGGGAGAAAUGGAGUUAGUAGAUAGCGGCAAGGUCCCGAUGAGCAUGAUUCACGUGAAUCAUUUUGGACCGUUGGAGCGCACGCCUGAAGGGUAUAAGCAUGUAUUAGUCGUCGUGGACGCACACAAAAUUUGUAUGGCUGUACCCUUGUAA